AUGUCCUACUCAACCCAACUAACAGCCUACAUCGACGGCUGGCUCAACACAUUUAUCGAAUCGCCAGACCAAUUCUGCGAUAAACCAAUUCUCAAUUGGAACUUUAUGCCGACGCCUCCGAGCUCAGAAAUUACACGAUCGCCGAAACGGCAACGAUGUAGUGAUGAGCAAGAAGAGGAGGAACAGACGCCUAGACCACAAGCACAAUCACAAUAUCAACAUACGCGUGACGGAGAUGUCUUUGAGGAUCCAGGGCCUUCCAGCCCACCGCGAUUCGCGCUUCCAACUCGACCAUUCUCCAAUGCGCCAAACCUGCCUCCAUCAUCUUCAGCAUCCGGUACAUCUACAUCCCGCUCAUCCAGCCCUGUCAAGCGCAGCACUCUUGGACUUUUAUCCAAGCCUAUCUACUUUACCACCAUAAAACGAACGCAUCUACCGACACAUAUUCACAAAACUUACGACGCUGUCUUCAAUAUUGUAAACAAUAACAGGUUUAUGCCAUCAGCUAUUAGACAGCAGCUUGAAGACAAUGGCGAGGAUGUUUUAGACCAGUGGUUUUUUAAUGACAUGGGCGGGGAUGUUUUCAAGGAGCUUAAAAAAUUGAGCAAGAUUCAAGCCAAGGCUGUGGAAGUACAAGUCGAAGAAGCAUCUGAGGGAACGUGGAAUCUCGAAGUUCACGGGCCAUUGCUGGAACUUGCAUUCAAGCCCUUUUCAAGGUUACGCCGAACGCUUCUCACACACGCAUCUGUCAGCAAGCCAUUUAUCCCACCUACCAGCAAAGGCUCCUACUACCCAGCCACCAAAUCUAAGAUGAUCGACUGGGGGAUUACCAUUUCUCCUCCGGAAGCAAUGGCAGAUCAUAUCAGCCGUUCGAUCAACAGUUUACCAGUGUCUCAACGAAGCAUCAACCAGACGAUAUAUGGGCCUGUUAGAAACAAGCCUGUAGCAUUACCUAUCGAGAUAAAGAUCGCCAGCGGAUCCCUUGAAGAAGCACGUGGUCAGCUUGGCCUCUGGAUAGCAGCGUGGUAUACCAGGAUGAACGCCUUAAAGUCAUCUGGUGAGAGUAUGAUUGCUAUGCCUAUGAUUAUUGUUAUGGAGCAUGAAUGGAAACUUUUAUUUGCUGUUGACCGGGGCGAGUCUAUUGAUAUUGUCGAGAGUUUGUCGAUCGGGCAUACGAUGAACUUGGAGGGUUUAUAUAAGAUUGUUGCCGUUCUGAGGGUUUUAGGGCAGUGGAUGGAGGGGGAGUAUUUAGAGUGGCUAGAGAGAUGGCUUGGUCUGAGUGAGACUCGAGUUGGUUAA